AUGGACUAUUCACCUAAAACACCACUGCUCAGUGAGGUUAGAUUUUCUGCCAUUCAAGCCCCUGUCUCCACAAUAUUAGAUAAAAAAGAGGAAGAACAGGCUAAAGCUUUGUUUGAGAAGAUACGUCAUUUCCGUUGCCAUGCUGAAAACUCAGAUGCUGUAUACAAAGUUUAUGUAGGGCAGAUUGUGUUUAAAGUUAUGACAGUAAUGCUGGUGCUUGGGUAUGCACUUAGCUUAAUAGGAUUGUUCAAUUUCCAGCAUACCUGCAAACCUGGAAUACAUAAUCUUAUGGGAUAUUCUCUGUUCACCUGCACACACAACUUGGCAUUCAUACUUGAAAAAAUUCUGUUGACUUAUGUUCUGUUUCUCUGCCUCUAUGCAUUUUUGUCUUUUUAUGCCUUAUUUUGGCUUUUCAGAAGUUCACUCAAGACGUACUCUUUUCAAAAACACAGUGAUGGGACUGGUUUUGGAGAUAUUCCUGAAGUCAAAAAUGACUUUGCCUUUUUGUUGCACAUGGUAGACCGCUACGACUCAUUGUACUCCAAAAGAUUUUCAGUAUUUCUGUCAGCCGUGAGUGAAGGACGGCUCAGAGAGCUUGCACUGAACUCUGAAUGGUCAAGGGACAAGUUGAAAGAUACAAUUGGCAAGAAUGCCAAAGGACAGUAUGAACUGCAACUUUCAAUGUUGCCUGCAAUACCAAAAUCUGUUUAUGAACUGAAUGAGGUUGAAGUUCUUAAGUUGGAACUGAUCUCAUCUGCAAGGCUUCUAGGAGCAGUGUCCCAGCUGAAAUCUCUCUCCGAGCUCCACAUCAGCCAUUGUUCUGUAAAAGUGGACCCUGAUGCACUUAGUUUUCUUCAGCAGAGUGUGAAAACCCUUCAUAUCAGGUUCACAGACUUGGAGGAACUCCCAUCUUGGUUGUACUGUUUAAAGAACUUACAGGAACUGUACCUAUCUGGGAACCUCAACUGUUCUAGCAAUAAAACCAUUCGUCUGCAUUCCCUGCAUGGACUUCGUGGUCUUCAAUCUCUUUCUUUGACAAGCAACUUAUCCCACAUACCAUCAGCUGUAAUGGAUGUGGCUGGCCAGCUGUCUAAGUUAAGUAUACAAAAUGGAGACACUGAGCUUGGCUCACUAGGGCAGCUCAGAAAGAUGAACUGUUUGGUGACACUCAGGCUCCUCCAUUGCAAGAUCUCAAAAAUUCCUGGUGUAGUUUCUGGCUUAACAAGUAUGCAGCACAUAGAUCUGACAUCCAACCUCAUCCAGAAUGUUGAUGAACUUGGUACUCUUCAACGUCUUCGAAGUCUCACCGUAUUGAAAUUAUGUCACAAUGCCAUAUUACGGCUUCCACCAUCUAUUGAACUUUUGCGCAAUUUGGAGGAACUUUCCAUUUCCCAUAAUAAGCUUGAUAACUUGCCAGUUCCUCUCUUUAACCUGGUUAGAUUGAGGUAUUUAGAUUUUAGCUAUAACCUUAUCAGAGUUAUCCCUCCAGAAGUUGUUCACCUCACACGCCUAGAGACGCUGGCGGUUACAGCUAAUCAAAUCUCUUACUUGCCACAUGAGUUGUUCCGCUGCUCUAGGCUCAAGUCUCUAUAUGCAGGUUCUAACAAACUGUCCAGUAUACCUUCUGAGAUUGGACAGCUGCCUUUGCUGUCUAGCUUGGAUAUUACAGGUAACAAUCUAGCAACCCUACCGAAGGAGAUCUGCGACUGCUUACAAAUGAAGAAAGGGGGACUGGAUGUGGAGGAACAUGUGCUGGCAAGCUUACCUAAGGAACUGAGGGCCAAGUAUAUGUAA